ACACAAUAAACGCAGCAAAAAUAUUCUCCUCUGCGUCUGUUACUCCUCCGCCUCACCUUCCCCUCGGCUCCCGCUCCGCUCCUCGCCGCCGUGCGUCGGCGGCAAAACGCCCGCGCCUAGGGUUCGCGAGAGUUCUCUCUCGCCGCAUCGGCGGGCGCCGCCCAUGUCACUCCGAUCCAGCGACCGCAAGCUCUCAUUCGAGCUCCUCGCUACCGACCUCGACGACGACGACCUCGACGGCCUAUCCCCCCGCUCCCUCCCCGAGUCCUCCUCCGAUGGCCAGCGCCGUCGCAGGAGACGCGCCAAGCGCAAGCAGGGGUUCCAGAGCCCCCCGAUCGUGGAGGAGGAGCCGCGCGUGGACCGCGACGCGGCCGCGGCGGCGUUCAGGGUAACGGAUCUGAUGUCCGUCGUGGAGAAGGUGUGCCAGAGCUCGGAUGCGGAGAGGUCCGUGGCGAGCCGUGUGACGUACGUUGGGGUGGAGUUGAGGCAGAGGAGCGUCUCAGGGAAUGGGAGGGUGGUGGCAGCGCCUGCGGAAGACGCGACCAGCAGCUGCGGAAGCAGCGCACGGGAAAGCGCAGCGGCUGCCGCGGCGGUGGCUGAUGUGACGGACGCGGCUUGCCGACCUGAGGUGAACGGUGACGUCAAGAAACUGCAGAAGGAGGAGUCGCUGGACUGGGAAAAGUUCAUGAAGGAGAAUAGCAACAUUCUCGGAGAAGUUGAGCGCCUUGACAAUUCACCAUUCAGAUACUUCAUUGGAGAAUUGUAUAGUGGUAAUUCACUUAGAAGUACAAUAGCAGUGGGUAAUGAUAAGAAGCGGCAGAGGGUCUACAACACUAUGUUUCACGUGCCUUGGAGAUGUGAACGGCUAAUUGUCGCAGGAUUCUUUGUCUGCUUGGAUUCUUUUCUGUCUUUGCUCACCAUUAUGCCUGCAAGAAUUGUCAUGACAGUUUGGCGAGUGCUGAAAACCAGGCAGUUUCUGCGGCCAAAUGCUGCUGACUUAUCAGAUUAUGGAUGUUUUGUAGUUCUAGCCCUAGGGGUUGCUUCUUUGCAAAUGAUAGAUAUUAGUUUGAUUUACCAUGUCAUUCGCGGCCAGGGCACGAUCAAACUGUAUGUGGUAUACAAUGUACUUGAGAUAUUUGACAAACUAUGUCAAUCAUUUGGCGAGGAUGUGUUGCAAGUUUUGUUCAACUCAGCUGAGGGACUGUCAACAUGUUCAACGGAUAAUGCAACAUUUGAACUGAUGCGGUUCCUUUUAGACGAGGCUAUUGCUGUCGUUGCAUUUGUUGUCCAUUCAUUUGUCCUGUUAGCCCAAGCUAUCACCCUGUCAACAUGUAUUAUUGCCCACAACAAUGCACUAUUGGCCCUUCUGGUGUCCAACAAUUUUGCAGAGAUUAAAAGCAACGUAUUUAAGCGGGUUAGCAAAGAGAACCUUCACAAUUUGGUCUACUAUGACAUCAUCGAGAGAUUUCACAUCACAGCAUUUCUACUGUUUGUACUAGCUCAGAAUAUCUUGGAGGCAGAGGGACCAUGGUUUGACAGUUUUCUUGUUAAUGCCUCUUUGGUAUUUAUGUGUGAAGUACUUAUUGAUGCUAUUAAGCAUUCUUUCCUUGCAAAAUUUAAUGAGAUAAAGCCAGUUGCUUAUUCAGAGUUCUUGGAAGACCUAUGCAAGCAGAUUUUGAACGAGCAAUCUGAUGACCGUCAGAAGGAUCUAACAUUCAUCCCCCUAGCCCCUGCUUGUGUUGUAAUUCGUGUACUGACUCCAGUGUAUGCCACCCUCCUGCCCGUUGGCCCAUUCAUCUGGAGAACAUUCUGGAUUUUGCUCUGGUCAGUUCUGACCUACUUUAUGCUUGCCAUAUUCAAGAUACUAGUGGGAUUGGUACUGCGCUGCCUCGCGACUUGGUAUGUAAAUCUUCGCCUCACAAGAAAACAACAUGUGGACUGAGUACUUGGCACCGUAAUCCUGGUGUCAAGAUGACAUCCUUGCGAAAAUUUGCUGUGGUGCUUGAAGUACAGCAACCACUGCAUCGGUUGUGAGUUCAGUCAUACAUUGCCCUAUGACAGAAAAUUCUUUACAGUAUAGUACAGCAGAGAGGAAUAUGACAAAUAUCUUCUUUUUCCGUGACGUUCGAGGAACUGGGUAUAGUCCAAUUUUGCAGUGUUUAUAGUUUCUUUCUGUAAUCCUUCUGUUGAUAGUUCGUAGCUUCAUCCUAAAGUUAUAUCUGCUGCAACCUAGAGAAGAUUUUUUGCAAAAAGGCUUGUGAAUCUACCAAGACAUGAUUGUACAUUGCUACAUUUUAUUUGAGAAGAAAGAGGUUUCACCGCUGCGACUGUCAAA